AUGAGCGGUUGUUACCUUUAUAAAAAGUAAUUAAUGUUUCAAGUUAUCUCACAAACUGUUGAUGACGAGUGGCCCGAGUUAGGGCAGUCUUCGACCCAGGAAGUGAUAAAAGCCAAGGUUAAUACAAAUUGGGUCAUUCAUUUGCGUAGGUCCCUGCGAAGUCUAAGUCUAAACGAAAAUGGAAGCGUUUGGAUGAAGAAGUUUUAGCAAAAAUGGGCGUGUCUGAGAGUGUCGGCCCUGUACAGGAGACGGGUGUACAAACAAGUUCGUCACCCAAAGAAACCACUGGCGAGUUAGCAAUUAGUGACGCUUCUCGCUCGAGAAAGCUAAACGGUGCCGGCGAACCCCUCUCCAAAAAAUUAACCAUGGAAUCGAAUGAGUCUGGUGGUGCUCCUUGUUUGUUCGUUAGACCAGAUUAUGCUGGUUUCGAAAUUCCUGUUACAAUUCCCAGGCCUGGCUUCAGUAAGAACCCUCUCUGGCUAAUUCUCUCGCAUAUAGAUCCUAAUAUUGUCAGCCAUUAUAGAAAUUUUGGAAGAUGUGUGCAGACAUGUGGCUGCCGAGCCCCUGGCUGUUUGAUUUGCGAGGCUGAGCGUCUCGCAAGAAUCAAGUAUCAAGUGGAAUACUACUUCGGCGACAGGAACUUUGGUCGGGAUAGUUACUUACAGAGCCAGAUUAUCGACGAUCGCUAUGUACCAGUCAAGAUCGUUUUGGACUUUCCACGUAUGCGACAGCUGGGGACCACUCUAGAAGAUCUUGUUAAGGUGUGUGCUUAUACUGUAUCGUUCACACGCUUCAGGCAUGCAGCUCCAGUGAUGUCGUAGAAUUCGAUGAACACAUGUCUAAGAUCCGUCGGAAAAAUGCCUACAUACACAGACCCCUAUUUUUCCCGAUUCCAAGUAAUUUACCGUUACAGUUCCGCAUUCAGCUUUCUAGUGCCUCACGAUCAGCAAUCCGGCUACACCGAUCAGCCGAUUGCAACUCAUGAUGGGAGUGGCGGCUUGCACAUAAAUCUGUCUCCAACCUACACGUCUAGUCUUUUGUCGCCUGUCGCCGUCCAAUUGAAUAACAGCAAUGCUCAGGAAAACUGUCAGCCCGUCCCACCACCGGAAACCCAACUCACCUCUCCUACAUUGCCUGAAGAUACCUGGCAGACUGUUGACCGCCGCGUAAAACGAUCGCGAAACCGUUCAUCAUGCGAAGGAACCGAAGAGGCUCCUAAGGCUUCCACUUCCCAGCAUUCAGUAAGUUUCUGUUUGUUGGUCCUCUUAACAGAAUUGAUCUGCUUUUAGCAAGCCCGGUCCAGAUCACGUCUCUAUUCAACUUGCUCGGAACAGAGCGAUGGGGACGAAGACGAACUUCUUAAUUGCCUCGUUGUCAUCGUUCCUGAGCGCGCUAGCGGUCGAGAACACAAGCGCAUCCCUAUGCACGCGUCCUCUGAAGACUUGGAGACUGAGGUGCGUAAGGGGUCUGCCGCUCUUCCAAUUCCGGAGUCGCGUUCGAAAUCUACUUCGGCUAGUCUCCAGGCUUCGCCCUGCCCACCCCAGAAGUUUGUCCAAUCCUCCAGCGACUAUUUGAGUACCUCAGGAAUGUCUUCUCGCUUGCUUUUGAAGCACCCUGGUGGGGAUCGACACCCCAAUCCGGAUUAUCAGUCGAGGUGAGGUGUUUGUGUGAUUUAUGAGCUCCCAUGCUCUAAAAUGGGACUAGUAUCCAGUGGUCAUGCCCGUCCUAGUCAUCUGAGCCGUCAUGAUCUUAACACGCCUUGCAUUAACGGUUAGAUUAGCCAUUUGUAUCUCCUUCCUUUAUUACUUUAAAAUAUAUAGGACUAGUUAAGUUGAUUUCAAGUGCUUCCAUUUCCUUCUUUUGGCCCUCGCGUACAGCUGAUGCUGUCUUUUUUAAGGGCAAAAAAUCACGCAGAUCUCGCAAAAGAGAUCCGACACGGCCUGGAGGUUUAUCAAAGAAGCAUCCGUCGUCAGCGCUGUCGAUCUUAUCAGAAGCUGGGCUUUGAUUUCGAUUUCGAGUCAGAUGGGUAUGUUAGUUCCGCGACGGACUCAUUCACUGAUCUCUCUGGCAGCGAGGACCGUUUCUCCGAGCAGAAAACAAACAAGGUAACCCAUUUUGUUUCUUUACUGACAAGAGCUCUUUUUCGAUCAAGGGCUCUAAACUGAUCCUGAAUUACAUAUUGCACUUUUCACGGGUUUUUGAUUGUUUCCCUCCCGUCCGCCUUAACGCAACUUGAAAACCAGCAAUCAGAGACGUGCCCCAUUCUUGCGUAAUUUGCCAGCUUCUACGUAUUCGGGGAGUGUUAGCUUUACGAAUGUUUCUGCCUCAUCUUAGUUUCUGCUGGGUCUGUCCGCACGUUCCAGCAUUACCUUGCUUGUAGACCUUAAGCAUAGGAAGCCAGGACAACUCCUUGGUGUGACGGGGAUGAUGGGACAUAACAUUCCUCUCUAUACUCCCCUCAGGCCGUAAUCCUUGCUUAGGCGAAAGAAGUAAUGCAUAAGUUCGGCGGCCAGACGUACCUACCCUUAAUUGAAAAAUAACAACACAGAAAGACGAUUUUCAAGGGUGAAGGCAAGAUGUAACAUGUUGCAGUAUUCAGACUUGUCACGCUAUAUGCAUCGAAAUCAGCAGUUCUCCAAACCAUAUCAGCAAACCCUUCAGCAAGUAGCCCUAUUGGCCGUCAUUGGCUUUUGGGUUGCCUCGCUGGAUAAGGCUUGCAUUAGUUGAUCUUUCGUAUUCGUUUUUUUGUAAUCCAACGUACGGAAGAUGUUAUCAUUUAACUGGGAAGACGAUGCACGUAAGUGGCUAUUGUUUUCUACCUCGAAAUUACGGACUCUUCAUGACAUUUUCCACAACAGAUCCUAACGUAUCUAUCUGCAGCGUCCGAAUUUUUUCCCUAAUGUCAUUCAGCUGCUAAAUCGUCCCGAACUUACUGACAUACAAGCGAUUUUUAAGUUUGUUUCAAAGAAAAAAAUCUUAUUAGAUCUGGCCAGAUUUGAGGUCACCGAAAAUCCGAAUUUGACGCAAAUAUUCGUUUUUCGAAAAUCUGCCUUAGUAGCCACUUCAUUGUGACUAACCGUACGGUCUUGCUGCUACGAUGCUUUAGGCCGGCCCUUUUCUACAGGUCAUGCAAACACUUCCACUAUUUUAUUGGCUACUGGUCACCGUACCUGCUUUGAUAUCCUCCCGAAAGUGACUCCCGAUUACUUUCCAUGAUAUUAUACCGCACUAAACCGUGACUUUGGGAGGUGGGGGGGGGGGAGCUGGACUUCGCCCUUUAUAGAUGAUACUCGGAGUUUUGAUGCCCCAGGACAUAGUAUUCUGAUUGUUCGCAAAGCUGUUCAGGUGGAAAUAGGCUCCACCUCCGAGGACUGGGUUGCGAAUCAAGUUACCCUAUCCUUCAAUCAUAAAUUGGAUCCAGGUUGCAUAGGUUGAUUGGUGUCACUAAUCAUUUGACUUUUCUCUGUGUAUUAGCUUGCAUAUUGUGUGUUUGCAUGCUCUGCAUGACCCCAAAUAGGCAGCCCUUCAAGUGCGUAGAACCAAAGCGGGGACCAUGGCACGCGUUUAUCAGGCUACGACAAGUCAGUACAAACCUCUAACCGCUGUACACGCAUGUGACACGUCGAUGCAAGCUCUUGCACCACAUCAGCCACAGCGCCCAGUCUUAUUAACCAGUCAGUUGCUGGGCCCGGGCAGUCGACUGGUGCAUGGGAGAGGGAAGACUAAGACCGAUACUGGGGAGUAAUCUGCCAUGGCAAACCAAAGAUUGGCCACGUGGAUGAGAGAGGGAAGGGCGACACCGAUACUGGAGAAGACUCCAUCCUUAUGACAUAUCCGCGCGUUCCGUUCAGCUAUAAGUCUGACGCGCCCGAACUUGAGUAGGCUGGUUGCCUAACUUUGUCAGUCACUGCGGCAAGAUCCGCCUCCCAGUCUUGGCAUCGGAAGACGGUGGGUGUAAACAAACUUGUGCACAGGUCAUUGCUGGGCCCACCUCGUGGGGCGAUUGUGAGCCUGUUCGUUCGUGACAGUUGAACUAAUGUGUGUUCUGCGACGAAGUACGUGAGAUUCCAAGAUCGAAUGAACGUCUUCAAGUGAACCUUUUUGGAACUCCGAACGCUUUUCUGCACGCGCUCAAUAUUUUCUGCGUAUGUACUGAACGUAAUCUCUUGACUCGCGGUUGAAUCAAGUGGUAUGUUUCUGGUUUUGUAGGCGGAUUUUCGACGUGGAAAUGGCGUAUGUCUUCAUAAAAAUGAAUGGCCGCCGAUUUAUGCUCAUUACAUCGUAAGGAAUUUCCAGUGGGAAAUUUUCCAUAAUCCGAUACCAGAAUAAGAGAAAAACUUACUGGCGUAAAAAUUACUACAUCUGUAAAUGGUAGAGCGAUUUCCGGACCACACUGUAAUUUUGUCUUCAAAAGCCUGAGUAAAUUCACAAGGACCUUGUCUCUUACCUGCGCGGCGAUCGUUGAUCUUUUUAGGUACAGCUUGUGUCCCCGGAAGAGUUUGCAAACCUAAAGCGUGCAGCUGAAGAAGACUACAAACAGACCGCGGUCAAGCAUGAAGGCACACAGGCAACUUCUCCACCAUUGUCACCUCCAGUGGCUACCGCCCAGUGUCCGUCAAUCCCAGAAAAGCCGACCGAACAGAUCCCUAUUGCCCUUGUCAAAUGUCCAGAUGAUUUGCCAUUUUUUUAUCCCGCCAAAAUUUUGCCUCCGCCACCGGCUGCCAUUUUGAACACGCCGUGGUUUGCACCUCCCAUCUCAUCCGAGGUGCUAGUUACUGGGGCCCCAAUUUGGGGCCCCACACCUCCUGCCGAGGAUUCCGUGCCACCCACUGGUCAUCCAAAAGCAUCGAUUGAACAAGCUGAAGCUGCUGUUGCUGCUCUCGUUGCGGAGGUCUCCAAAGCGGCUAUGGCCUCUUGUAAGAUGGAAGCUGCUCCUGUCAUGCCACCACCUGCCCUGCGCAAGGGCACAUCCAACGCCCCGAAAAAACCGCGUCGCAUUGUUGGUUUCUAUCCGGCCAAAGUUGCUCCCGACGGAGAGCGGAAACGCGAUGAACUGGAUGUUGGCUUUGCCUUUGAUAUCUCUAGAAGGACAGCCAAUCGAGCGCCUAGAGGAACUAGUUUUUCGUUGUGUGAGCCAACAAGUAGCAGCCAUACAGCACCAAAGACGGACCCCACCUACAAGGAUGACCUACACGUACCUAUUGUAUCUAUGGCCAGGUAUGUCCCCAGUUAUUUCCUUUCCUAUUCCCGUGUAAUACGUUCUCAACACUGUAUCAGGUUAAUAUUUUUUAGGCGCAUAGCACCGGUAGCAAGUUCAGGAUAUUAUUACUGCGAAAAUACAUCCACAAUCUGCCGCCAAAAACUCAUUUGAGAGAUUUUCCGUUUGCCAAUUUUGUUUAUGGACACGAAGUGUUCAUCUACCCAAUGGGAGGAAUGGUUAACCACUUAGGGACAAGAAUUAAACGAAUGUGGCCACGCCUCCCAAUCAGUCAAAUUGUUCCGAAUUCGACUACCCUCUGCGGCCACUUAGGCUGUAGAUACGAACCUUGUUGAGGAUGAAAUCUUAUCAAAAUUAAUACAUCUACAUCGCUCCAAAUUGUCUACUAGCUUGCGGUGGUUCAACUUAUGGUGUAUUACAAAUUCUGUGGGAUAGUCGUUCUAUCUGUUCCUUCAAGUCACGCAGUUAUUAUGACACAGUGCCUUCAUUUACGAGUAGGUGUGACCAUUCGUACAAGUCAUGAAUGCACGACGUACCUGUUUUACAGGAGGAGAAUGUGGUGGUAUUUAAUCCUAAAUGAACGACACUUCGAGCAAAAAAAUGCGGACCCACGUAUUAUUAGGUUUCCAUAUCAAAAGCUUCUGAUUUGCAUAAAAGGGAAAUUGCGAUGGAGCAGACUCAGCCGUCGCGAAGGGCCUCGAGUCACGUGUCUGAAUUAUCAUGUAAGGUCUUAUGUGGUGAUAGCAGACCCGAUAGGCUCCUUGCGUACAUUACCCCUUGCGGCAGUAAUAAAGUCGGUUACGUCUAGUUAGAAACCUGCCUGACGAAUUGUUAGUGUAAAGAAGGCAAGACUAUUUUCGUCGGAAUAGGUUGCCUGCCAUGUGCAGUCAUUGAGAGGUUGAUCCCCUCGAGUACUUGAGCUUCGCUUCCCAAGAAUCAUACGAAAUGGGCGGUAGUCAGUUUGACGCAUCAGGCCAUCUGUUUUCUUUUUAAUUGAAAAAUCUGCCGAUCGAAUUAAAACCCGUGCCUGCGGGUAGCAGUCUAGUUGGUCUUGCUUUCCUGGAGAGAAAGCCAACUCGGCGGGCGGAGGGACAUUCACAAGUAGUCGUCAGGUCACUGGUGUAUGCGAUACAGCGUUUGCAUUUUCUGUUAUAAAAAAGUUCCAGCACCGUAGCAUGGACCCGAAGUUGCAGAAAUCUGUAGCUAUGACAUGACAAACGCAUUUACUAGUUAUUCCCCAUCCAGUAUCAAUAAAAGUCACAAUCCGUCGUAAUACGCGUCUCACAUUCCGGAGGCGCGGAAUGAGUCGAUAUUUGCUAGCUGAAAUAUCUGCCUCCAAGCCGUCUUGAAUCCGCUUGCUCGAUCUUCGCUAUUCGAUUUUACUUGAUGGCAAGACGAACGAUUGCUGUGUAGUUUGCGCGCGACGACUCACAAGUGCGUGCUUCCCGAGUAAGUCGAAGCAAUUGUAAUUAGCGUCGAGAUGGAGACACCAUACUGUAGUUAAAUCAGGCGAAAUCAUUGACCCAUUUCUAACAGUUUGCACUUGGUUAAUUCGGCGGCAGAGGACAAUCAGUGAACCGUUUUUUCCGACCCUACGAGCUCAAUCAAGUAUGCUCAUGGUAAAUUGAAGCAUUCUGGAUGCAGCCUGAAUAGGAACUUUGCUAACAAGAUGCAACGUUGGCGCCUUUUCGGGAUUACAAAUGCUGGGUCGUAUUUAGUUCAUAAUUAAGCGAAAAUUCUACCAACACGUCUGCUCUAAACAUGCACCGAAAGGCCAUCCCACGACGCCAGUCCGUUUGAUAAAAUGUUAUGGUGUCUGAGGACGGCGCAAUGAUAUUGCUCAGGACUAGCCAUCCUAAAGACUCCUUUGCCUGUCUCGCACUACGCAGAACUGCAUGCAUUACACAGUCCAUCUCCACACCACCACGUCUGAUAGUGCCCAAGACUUACAUUUACGCCACAUCCACAGCGCCUUGUCCGCCCAUUCAUCCAAGGCUACUAAUGGAGAGGUUUGCCAAUCGGGAACGGGAAGUUGUUCUAUGAAGCAUCGUCUUGUAUGACCACAUUUCCGCUUAUCCAUACACGUUGAAGGUUUGGGAAACUCAACCACUCUUGGAUUAGGAUGAUUGAAUGUCACUUCAGUUCUUAAAAUGUGACGAGAAGGGUCUUUGCAAUGACUAACUGGGAAGGGCUUCAUCUUAACGUCAGCCACAAUUUUAGCCAUUCAUCUGAACGCCAGUUCGAAGAGGAAAAACCCGCGAAUUCGGAAGGAUAAAGACGAGACGUUGUAACCUCUUCCGAAGUAGCCGACUGAACUUGGGAUUAAGUCGUGAAAAUCAUCAUUGUGAGGUCCGACCCCAUUUUUUGUAAAUAUUCGGGUUCAAUAGUGUCAGAUUCGGCGUGAUAAUCCUGUAAUGCUCAUACCUGCAAAUUUUGCCAUACUAGCUACAAGAUAAUUAGUUACUUUAUAUUUAAGGUAAAUGCGAUUCUGGACCGCACAUUGCUGUAUUAGUCAACCCGUUUACGUGUACUUUUAAAAGAGAAAAUGAACCACCAGUCGACAACUUCUGCCUUUGUGAACAUUGACUGCUGGGGUUUAAAAGAGUUUAUACUUCGAUCGCUACAAUAUUCAGAGUUAGGUAGAGGGUUUUUUGCACAGGGCAUCCCGGAGGGAUUUUGUAAGUGGUGUACUGUGAGAACGAAACAAAGGCCCGUAUGUCUGCUCGAAGUCGAAGCGCACGUGUUGAAUCCGUAAGUUUAUGGGCCGGCAUGAGUAGCAGGUCGUGGCGUCGUCCGCCAGGCGCUGAAAACUGACGCACGAGUGUGAUCUAUGAGAUCUCAGGCUGCCAAAUUUCUCGCCGAACUAACCCAAUUUGUUGGGGCCCGGACAUUACAAUGCUCACUGUGGAAUUCCUCGGCCACCUUCGGAGUUUUCCGUGGCUGCAAUAGUUAUACUCAAUCACGUUCGCCCAAUGGCUUUGCGAGCAUGAAUGGUUGCGAAAGUUUAGCGCUAGACUGUGUUCUGUAGUCAAAGUGGUCACACCUUGUCCAACAUAUCCUUAAAUGUUCCAACCAAAUGGUUUUCGGUCGUGGGAAACUCGGCGGCCAUUGCUCAAGAGACGUAAAUCACAACUGAGACACUGUAAUCUAACUGAGAACCAAACAUAAAUUGCAGACACAUGAGGCGCCAAACUCAUCUCUCACAAUGGCAGCCGCGAAAGUACUUCUCUGUUAUCGCUGGGGACGCACAUUUUCGUCCCGGUUAGCAGUACUUUCGGGAGCGAAGCGGUAGAGUCAGUACGACAACGGGAACCCUUUGUCCUUAGCGUGUCUUCAACGUGCGCGCAAAUGGCAAUUCUCCACAUGUGCCUGGGCAACCGAGGACUACCGGAGAGCGUGUAUUGCAAGCUCUUAGUGAACACAAGGCUUGCGAAUCAAUGAAUAAUACAACACGACAGGCGGAUGACCCGGAUACUCCUCUGGGACUGCCACAUUUCACUGCACAGAUAUCGCAAAAUCCUGAGCCAGCUGCUUCCAAAGUGAUCGCAGCACUGCUAUACCGAAUGAUCGACGGUCGAGUAGGGAAACAGCUCUAUACGGGAUGGGGAGUUGAUGAAUAGAUUCCGAAAGUUGAGUUCCACUUCAUAGGAGAACAACGAAACACUGAUACACAAUCUGUCCUCCCAAGAACUGACACUGGCACAGGUUCAGAUGCCAAAACGCGCGGAAUGCCUUAACGCCUCCGACGGUGACCUGACCAACUUUCUGGCCACCAUCUAGUCGGUCCUCAUACAGCACCAAGCACCUGCCGAGACAAAGCACCUCGUCCGGCAAUGAGUUACUUCCCUGAUGGAGGUACACAAACUGCGUGUGAUAAUUCGGACAGCGGAGCAGGAUGCCCUCAGGACACUGAAGGCUGACAAGAGCAUUGUAGUACUGUCAGCAGACAGGGCGCCCCGUAGUGCUACUUAACAAAUUUGUCUAUCAUUGGAUGGCCAAGGCCUUGCCCGAGGGCCAUCAGGUGCGAUAAAGAUCCGAUGAAGAAGCUGGUAACAAAUGUACACUGCUCUGUGGGUUGCAGAACGGUGCGAUGAGGAAAGACAGGACGACAGACCAUUAAAUCAAGAGAUUCGGCGGUGACAAGAUUCUAUGAACUGCCCAAAGAGCAUAAGGAUGGUGUUCCACUCCGACACAUCGUGUCUGCGCUGAACACCCACAUUCAACCUGGCUAAAUGGAGGUUCCGACGUCCGAACUGCGUCACACCAGGCUCCCAUAUAGCGGCUCACUCGUCCGCAUAUGUGGAAAGACUCAAUGUAUUACAACCUAGCACAGACGGGGUCAUGAUGUGAUUUCGUGUAACCUCACUCUUCACCUUAAUCCCACAAAACAUUGCAAUCAAAAGCGUCCGUGACACACUUAAGAGCCAACAACGAUACCAAGAUGUCUAAAUGAGGCAUCUCACCCAGCUGCUCAAAACGUAUUUCGUCUUUGAAAAGACGGCUUAUGAGCAAUUCAGAAGCACUCCAAUGGAGUCGUCGCUGUCCGGCUUUAUCUUUGAGGCGAUGAAUCAAUCCACAGAGCAAUAUUUUAGGUAAGGUACGCGAACGUUAACUUUGUCAUCGUGAAGCGGGAAAUAGUCUUGGAAUACCAUUCACUGUUGAACUCCGCUUCCCCGGAAAACCAGUUAACAAUAGACGGAGAAGAGAUAGCCGUUAUAGACGUCUAGACCCACCGUCAACGGGGGCCUGAAGACUACCGUAUAUAGGAAGGCCACUAGCACGCAUCAGGUUCUAAGCUGUCACGGCAACCACCCUUCACGCCACAAAAGUGACUGCGUGCGAACUACAAGAAAGCGGACACUUGAUUCAGCGAGGUACAUGAAGCAGUCGGAUUCCAUCCCCUUCCGCGGAUGCCCACUGCCAACGGGUACCCCCGCAACUUUAUACAAUGCAGGAAUAAGCAUAACAGAACAGCCUAAAAUAUGGCGGGCACUACCGUACUUUGGGAAUGUAUCCGAAACUGAUACUCGUCUCAUAACAUCUUGGGAUCGGUGUCGCUGACAGACUUGAGGCGACAAGACGCCCGGUUGUGAGACCUAAGACCCCCUAUCAGAGCGAAACGACCAGCAUCGUCUUCCGUUAAGCGAACUACAUUAGAUAGAUCGGUAAACGACUGCAGGCCUACGUGAGUGACCGGGAAAGGACUGGGCAGGACGGAUCAACUGUCGCCAGUGAUGGAACACUGUUUAGCCUCUGAACGCGCCUUCCUUCUGCAGGACACCGAAGUAUUCGGCCGAAGAAACGACACAUCAGCCAGAGUAACGCUCGAAGCAUGGCACACCACACCAACUUCCAUCAAUUGUUGUGACUCCCGGAGGCUUGCCGAACCCUACGUGUAUAGCUCAAUCAGCGGAGCUGCGGACGAGGAGUGAGACCAGACGCGGUUGUAAACAAACCCAGGCUGAGUGAGGACACUCGCGGGUGUGAAUGUAUGUCGGAUCCAAGCGUAGACGGAGGAGAAACAGGGAAGAACCGGUUCAACACAGGCGAAUUCGAACGCGGAUCGCGCACAAACGUCGAGUAUGAGAUUAGAGCCAGAUACAAACGGAGCUAACGUAACAAACAUGGGCGGAACGUGUGUGUAUGCAAGUGUAAACGAGGGCCUGGGACAGUAAGUCCAGCCAAUGCAGACAAGACUGGCCUUCGUCACCUGGACACCGCCACCUGAUGCGAUGAUAGGGGGAAGUAUUUGCCGUCAUGACAAAAAUCACCCUCCACAGUGCAGCCCGUGCAAAUAGCCCUCAAGACAUGCCGGCACAAACAGCACCCUUUACGCAAUGUAACGCGUGGUAUCUAGAUUUACCCCUGACGAUGAAAGCCUGUUUGCUUUUUAAGUGUCAGGACAUUAUAUUCGUAGCCCUGGUGAUCACCUUUUUAAACUAAAUAAAUGAAUUGAAAAAUAGACACCCCAAGAAGUAUGAUUCGAAGGAAAUAAGUCCUCUGGGAAAGAUAAGAAAGUUUGUAAAUUCUCAACUCUGGUUUUCGAGGUGGUCCUCAGACGUUAAGCGAAUGUGCACAACGAUUUUAGGCUUAUUUUGCCUUCAUUCGGCCAGUCGUAACUUGGACCACCGUCCGGAACUAGAAAGAAAAAUCUGCGCGUUCACACGACGCAAUCGGUCUACAAGCAGGCUCUUUCUGAUGGAUCAUAAGCACCUCCACAAGCCGAGCUUCUUCAGCUCCUCGCCACCUCGAAGCAACAAAGAACACCAGAGAUGGCAUAAGAGUGCCAUGAAUUUGCCUAAGUGUACAAUAUACAACAUGCAAUUUGGAGUCCCCAAAGGUGAUUUCAACAGCAUAAUCGGUUUAAAAUAAUACAACAGUCGGUAAACUUCUUUACAACUAGAGACUUUCGUUCAAGCACGGGAUGGGAAGACAACGUAAUUUCCCACAACUCGUACUUUUUAGAACUGUGAUGGAGCCUUAUCCAGUAUCCCCUACCGAUAGGACUUGGGUUUUCACACUUUGAGUAGUUUUUGCAGGCUACUUUAGAGAUGCGCUGUCAAGGGCCGGCAUCCUGAUGUAUGUAAAAUUAUGUCGCAUGCUAAACACUACGGCAACCUUUGUUUUUACAAAGAACGCAUAUUUUUUGCAUCAUGACUUUGGUCAUCCACCGUUUAUGGUUGAGACUGCCUAUUUUCCCGGCCUUUAAGUGUUCGCAGUUUACCGUCUGCUUAUGUCUAGAUAUUAUUAGGGCGUACUGCAAAUGCUCUCGUCUCUUCUUCAGUGACGUGAGUAUUUCCGGCACUACUGUCAUCAUCAGCAGUAAACAUCACAAGAUGGAUGAAUUGAGCGAACCUAUCGACCAUCUAUCCAAGGAAGGAGCACCCACUGCGUCUACAUCGACAGGCGCCACCACGAGUGUCACACCGAAAAGUCGCAGGAGGCACGCGGUGUCCUUCUCCGUGUCUUCCUCACAGCAGCAACUGCCAGCUUCAAACUUCAAGUCUAAUCAGGCCGCUCAGGCAGUUCUCAAAGCUGGCGGUUACACCUCGCGCGACUACAUGCGAUACCGCGCCUCUUGUCUGGCCGAUCGGGAUCGAUGUGGCCCUGGAAAGUCUCAAGAAAUGAACACCCUCUACCGUUUCUGGUCCUUUUUCCUGCGUGACAAUUUCUUCCAGAAGAUGUACAAAGAAUUUCGAACGUUGGCGCGGGCGGAUGCCGAGGCCGGUUACCGCUACGGUAUUGAGUGCCUUUUCAGGUUCUUUUCCUAUGGACUGGAGCAAAGGUUCUGGCCUCCUCUCUUCCGUGAUUUCCAGGUAGAGCGUGUUUUCAUGCCUUGUUGCCCCUCGGUACGCUUGUUCAUUUUGACAGUUGUGGCCAGUCCUCGUGGCCUACCCAAACCGUGUACGACAAGAGUUUUAUCAAGGCAAAGCCAGCAUUUGUUAGGUUUUUAGUGUGUGAGUUUUCCGGUCCACAAGUUCGGAUAUAGUGCAUCUUUCACCCUACUCGUAUUUAAUAUUCCAGGGCAAAUUAACCAUUCAGAGUUUUUUCACGUUUAUAUGACUUAGCAGCUGCGUUCGGUUUGCUAAGGUUUAAACAAACGGGUAUUCAGAGGGCGUUUCCGAAUUUAUGCUAUUACUACAAGUUAUAAGGCUUGAGGGAACUGUUCUAUUCGGACUUAGGAUUGAGGUAUUGCCACGUGCCUGUUGCGAUAGUCCCAGCGCGUUCCAAAUAACUCGCUCAGUUCGCGUGUGCGUCGUAAACAGGUUGACUCCCAUUUUUUAAAUAUCAGUCUAUCGUAUUUUACGUCGGUCUUCGGUCGCGCAGGUGUGCCUUACAUCCUAUCCGCCUAUCUUUUUGAUGUGGCCAAUAAGAAUCCAGUAAAUUUAACCAAUAAAAUUCCCGACGGCGGGUAGGUUCACGCGUUAGUCUGGCAGCAACUCCUCCAAUGUUGAGGGCUACCAUAGUCGGAUUUAUGCCUUUGAGGUUGGAAUUCUGUUGCCUUAAAAUUUGCCACAGAAGUGCAGAUUAAGUAGUCGGGCAUUUUACCUCCAUGCUAUGAUUAGUAAGGAUAUCGAUUUGGUGUUUUUUGCACGUGAUUGUCAUUUUGGCUGUGUGCAGCGCAACUUCCAAGUCUGGAAUGACCUUGGAAAUGCAUCUGCAUAAUCCAACAUGGGUGUCCAGGUCCUCGUUUGACUCGUUUUUAGGGCAACAGUAAUACGUUUUUUAACCUUAUUUCUGACGCCAUAUUCCCAACAUCUCCACUCAACAGGAAGAGACGCUGUGGGAUUACGACACCGGUCAUCUCUAUGGCCUCGAAAAAUUCUGGGCGUUUCUGCACUAUGGAAAACACAAGCCGGAUCUAAAUCCACGCCUGGCAGAAUUGUUGAAGCGUUACUCGAAGAUUGAGGAUUUCAGGAAAAACGUAAGUUUUCUCAGUUUACAUGUUCAAUCCUCAAUUUCUUAUGGAUUGCCACACCAGUUUCAAAGUGAGUUUACUAAGUCGGCGGCGGCCCCCCAUUCGGUCCUUAAACGCGUUAUUUGAUGUACGUCUCUGUACACAUUUCCUGGGCGAUAGUUCAGAACUACAGGUGCCCAUUCUCCAGUUCGGGUCACAUUUUUGACGUACUGUCUUUCGCUAAAGGAACGUCCUAUUUUUAGAUUAAGUUUGGGUGCCAUUAAACUGAAAAACAAGGUUAUAUUGGUCGUUUCCUUCGGGUAUAGAGCUAUGGAAGUCGUUCGAGCUAUGUUCCUCCCCUUUACGGACUUGAAGUAGGUUAAUCAUUUCCAAUCUAACCGGUUUUCACUGCAUCGAUGCCCUUGGCCACUGGAAAACUAUGGUAAUCUGAACCAUUCCUUUUAGCACAUGCAGAGGUUCGCAGACGUACGGUUUCACAACAUACUUUGCAUCAGACAGCCAUCAAUUAUCACAUAUUGAUGUCAAUAUUAGCAGUUGCCAAAACACCUUAGUUGAUGACUGUCGUUGGUAGUCGCACGUCCUUUUCGUGUCGCUGGCCCCUUGGAUGCAAUUCGUGCUCAUUCCUUGGAUUGCAAGCAGGCUGAGGUUUUGAUUUCUUUGGGUUAUGAAUAAGUUGAAAAUAGGGUCCAUUAGUUAUUCUCGAUGUGAUCCAAGAAGGCUGAUUCUAGUUUAGUGCCUUUCCAAUCACCACGUGCUCUUCUGGCCAAGGAAUUAUUUCCCAAAACGUCAGACAGAAAAUUAAAUUCUCUCAGCGAUUCCCACCGAUUUUUCGGCAUUACCUCCUGGAACUGCUUCAAUUACUAACUGUCCCAUAGCUCAAUUUUAUUACCGUCUAUUUUGCUACACUCCUCGACAGUUGCCGAAAUUUUGGUUUAAAGUCAGCUCUCUGGCAGGUUCUCCUGGCGACGAAUGCAAAAAGUCAGUGCUGACCUAAAACCCACAUGACUGGUUUGUUUCGGAAGAUCAAUUAACGCCUCACGCGUACCACCUGCAUCACACGCUUUCAUUAAUCGCGAUCCGGGACAGUCACUUGGAGGCUGUUUAGAGGCGCUAGCGAGGUGUAGAGGUACGGAUUGGUCUAAUUCGUCUAACACUGCAGGUUUGGCAAUGCGAGACUAUUCGAUAAGAUCUGAGAUUGAUUGAAUCGAUAUCUUGAAACCGGCUUUUGAUUUGAUUAGUUCGACAUUGCCAUAGUAGGUAGGGCAUUAUUUUCUGGAGGACGCUUCUAUUGGCGGCCUCCCGUUAUCUCAGCUUGCAUUGAAAAGACCAUAACACCUCGCCCAUUAGUCUAUUACCGUCUUUUCUAAACCCGAGCUCUACGCCACUCCGCCUCACACUUUCUUGAAUGCUUCAAACAAAUUCACGUCGUGCUCACGUCAAGUGACAGGCUUUGACUCGCGAGAUCAUACCCACUUAUAUGCUUCAACUACGUUAAGUGUUUAGCCGCUAAGCGACGUCUACAGUCCAUCGAUCACUCUUUAGAACCGUGUUCCCACUGAAGGCGUUAAAAACCAGUCGGCUGUGAACGCAUUUGGGAACUUGGUGCCUUGGUAACCACUGCCUGUUCCUUCCAUGCGGGAUAGAGAGGUAAAUUCCUGACCAAACUUCAACUUCAGAUGUAAAAUGUAGACGAGUCUUCCUUGUUUUGUCGGUACACCACCUCGAUGCCGUUUUCGAUUCUAUGUUGCAGUUUGAAGCACCCGAUGGUUUCUUUGGCUAUCGGAAGCGUCUACCUUCGACCUCCGCUGACGUCGCCAGUCCCAAAGCCUUUGCACCUGCCACGAGGAAAAGGAACUCAGCCAGCUUCUCUGUGAGCGGCAGACGACCAACUUCGGCGGUUUCUACCGCGCUUGCUUCCGAGAAGGCGCCGGGAAAGUUGAGCUCGACUUCUAGGGCCAGCAGCUCAGCUGCAGCAGCUGCACAGGCCCAGCCCACUGGCGGAAGUACAAAACCCACCGAAGUCGAUAUUCCCACUAACACCGAGCCCCUUCAACCGAAAGCGAGCAGGGGAAGAACUAUUAGACCGUCAAAAUCAAUGCCUUCGACUGCUGAGAAGAGUAAUCAACCAACGCCACUCAAUGAGCCCUCGGUCAUUCCGUCGUCGUUGAAGCCUGACAAGAGACCAGUGGAACAGAUGAAUUCGGCGACGGAGGAAGAUUCGGUUUCUCCCGACUGUCAGAAACAGACUGAGUCGAGUACUGUACAGGUGGCCGUUAAAUCCACCGCACCGUCGUCGCAGGAUAUGAGAGAGUCCAUACAGGACGGCAAUCAGCGACAGCAGCAUCAGAAGUCACGGCCUCGUAAGCCACAGUCCAACCAGAAGUCCGCCAAGGUCGGCCUACCUAAACAGCAACUACAGUCUGGGGACAAUAGCAACUCCGGUGGUCCGAACAGGUCUUCUGAUCAGAACAGGCCAAAAUCCAAGCCUCAGGCUGUCGCCGCCACCGGUUCUUCAUGA